AUGGCUGAUCCUUGUUUGUGUCAGCGAAGUGAGACUGUGGCCGAGUUGAGCGCCAUCCUUGACCGGUACCCUUAUAAUUACGGGCACUACAGGAUCUUGGAAGCUGCCCACAAAAACGGGUAUACGGACAUCACCGAUGCUUCCCUGUUUAUGGCAGAUAUUGUGAUCAUAAUCGAUGAAGCCCAACUCACAUAUGCUGAUUCAGGCCUAUGGCUAGGUUUGAUCAAAGGUGUGGGGGAGGGCCUUUGGCCCACGGAUCGCCUUAUUCUCGUCGUAUGGAAUGGGUUUGCGGCGCUUCGUCCGGCGAAAUCAGACAAUGAAUUCCCAAUCUUCAAUCCUCCGAAUAUUGGUUUAUUCUACACUCGCGCCGAGUUUGAUGAUGCUAUCACCCUCUCCUAUCCUAGUCACUCCAAUUUUGUAUUGGACCAAAGCGCAAGAGACCAUAUUUUCAAAAUCACCAACGGCCACCCUGGAGCGGUCAAUAGUUUCUCGGGAUUCCUACAAGAAAUUUUUCGGAAAGCGUUCCAUGAGGGAAAGCCCUCAAUCGAUGAACAGGAUAUCAGACUGAUCAUGACAAAUCCACAAAACCUCUUUAAGUACCUGGGCAUUUGUCCAGUCAGGCGAUCCUUUGCGCCCAUCCAAACGAUAUCCCGGCAAGCAGUGUACACACUCCGUGCCGUUUUGAUAAACGGUAGCAUCCCUCGAGAUCUUUCAGACCCAGGAAUCAAUGAAUGCUACAGCAAGGGAUGGUUACACGGAGAACCGAUAAAUAAUGAGUGGACCCCGGAGAUGAUCUGUGUAUUCCCAUCAAAGCUGCAUGCGCGGUUCAUUGAGCAUUAUUUCUUGGAGCACCUGUCUCCCUUCCCAUUUGACCGUUUCCCCAAAAUCGAAACCCUUGUUGAGGCUGUCCUGAGAAAUUUCUCUCGACGAAACCUCUGCAACGUGAACCGAUUCAGCGUUGGUGCGCUUCUGCGCCCUGUCGAGACUUGUUACCAAGAUGAAUUCUACAGAUCAAUCCAUGAAGUUCUUGGUCCAUCGAUGGACGCGAUCAGCGAGUGGUCUGGGGAUGGAAUCGGCAAAAUUGAUUUCAGACUUGGGGCUACCAAAUGGGGAAUCGAAAUCUUGAAGGAGGGGGAUAGAUUGGAUGCUCACAUCCACAGAUUCUUGCCUGGAGGCCAAUAUCAUGGCUGGAUGCAAGCAGGAUUGAUUACAGACUGGCUGAUAAUCGAUUGUCGUACAACCAACCCACGGACAAUUCGGAACGCACAUCUCUGGAGGGCUGUCUUCUGUGAUGACUUUUCAUUUGUAAAGAUCAUGGAUAGCAACAACGAACAGCUCAUGGAAUUCCCACUAAAGUUCUGA